ACCCUCCGUUAAACCUCUCUCCCCUCUUUCUCAUUCUCUCUAUCCUCCAUUCCUCUCCCACCCCUUCCUCGUCCUCGAGGCUUUGGCUCGUCCAUCUCCGGCCAAAUCUGGAAGCAGCGACGGCACCCCGAGGCCGUCGUAUCCCCGCGCUCCUUGUCCCGGCACCCGGCGCUUUCCUCCCCCAGCCCGAUCCGGAGCCGAGCGGCUACCGCUGUCCAAAUCGAGCCACCUGCCCCCGUCGGGGGAGAAGCAGGGUGCGCAUCCAGCCUCUCCGCUGAGCCGUCCACAAGGAUCCAUUUCCUCUCCCAUCGGCGUCGUGGAAGAGAACCGGUGAGGGGAUUGCGAAGCUAGAAGCCCACGACGCCGACUGCCGAGCCACCGAGCACGCUCCUGCAGGCAGAUAAAUAUGAUGGAUGUGGUGUUUGUCUCCCUUUGCCGUCUGUGAAGACCCACUGUGUAGGUGACAUCAAGAUAUGGUGAUGCGGAAGAGGUCGGAUUAUGGGUCCCGUGGCCGCCGAGUCGCAACCAUGCCACGUGUUCCAAACUCAGCUCGGGGGAAACGCACAACCAGGAAAAAGAAAGAUGAGAUGUGCGCAUUUGAUUUGCUUGCCACCGUUGCAGGAACAUUAUUGGCAGAUCAGGACAAUUCAGCCAAUGUUCCUAAUACUAGUUGUGCAGCAAAAGCUAAAAACGAGAAAGCAGUUAAAGAAGAACCACAUGAUGAAAUUCUGCCCCUAAAAAACAUGGUUAUGGAGAAAGAUUGCUGCAGUGGAUGUGUAGUGGGUUCUGGUGGUAUCUGUUCCUUUCCUAGGCAAGCUAACAACUGCUUGGCAGAAAACUCGUCGACAAGAAACGAAGCUGGACCAAUAUUAGAGUCACUAACAGUGAAAUCAAAUAUGUUAGUUAGGGAUUCGUUGGUUAGUUGUACAAGACCAUGUGAAACUAGCCGUGGUCUUGGCAUAAUUCCUGAGUUUGGAGCUCAUAGAAUAUGCCAUCCAGGAUCCUCAAGUUCAGCAGAAGCUGAACAAGUGCACCAGGCUGAAUCUAAUGUGGUCAGAAGACAAGCAGAUGGGCAUGCUCCGGCUCUUCACAGUUUAUUUGACUCCGUGGAUCUGGAUGGUAGACCUCCUGCUUUGGUUAGCUCUGACAGUAGCUCGUGUGUUCCUUUCUGCAGCCAUGACAAGGAACAUCAAACUUCUUCCUUGUGUCGGGGUGAAGUGCAGUAUACUGCAGACAAAGACGAUGAUGAAAAUUCUUCCGGGUGCACGGAUCCAAGCACCAUAGGGGAUAAGGGUUACAAGCCACAAUAUCUAGGUAACCAUAGGAUAAGGAAAUUGCUUGCCUCGAAGGUAAGGAAGGCAGCACGUAAUAAGAUCUGUGGAGGUAUUCCAUCAAAAAAGAUUUAUGGAGGGAUGUCCAACAAAGGUAGCAAGUUAAAUUUAUGCAGCAAAAAAAUACCUGCCACAUGUCAAAAGGGGCAAAGGAUGAUAUUCAAGAAGAAAAGACUAGCGCAUCAUGCAACAUCAUUUGCUAAAGAAAUGCCAACUGAAGCCAGCGGGACAUCUAUGGAAGGUCGAAAUAAAUCAUGCGGAUCUGACGAUUACCAUGUUAAGCUAAGAAUAAAGUCAUUCAACAUCCCAGAAUUGUUCAUCAAUGUCCCUGAAAAUGCAACCAUUGGUUCAUUGAAGAGAACUGUUAUGGAUGUCGUCAAUAGUAUAAUGCAAGGUGGUCUACGCGUUGGUGUUCUUCUUCAAGGAAAGGAUAUCCAAGAUGACAACAAGACACUUCGUCAAGCUGGGAUAUGCCAUGAUAAAAAAUUAAAUAACAUAGACUUUACACUGGAAUGUGAAAGUGGGCAAGAUUCUCCCUCUCGAGUCGUAAUACCUGAACAGAUGGAUUUACUCAGUGCAGAUGUUGUGGAGCCAUUAGCUAGGAUGAAGUGUGAAGAGCAUUUUCCUGAAACUGGUGGCGAUGACAACCAGCAGCGAAUACCUCCUUACCGAAGCCGCUCUCUCUCUGAUCUGUAUUCUGUUGUUCAUCCUGUUGAGAUGGCUUCACAAGAUACAUCAGCAAGUUCCCAAGCCAUUGUCCCUGUUGCACCUUCAGGAGAUGGUGCUCUAGCUAUUGUGCCUCUUUGUAAGCCCAGGCCAUCUGAAAUCGGUCAAAGGCGCACUAGGAGGCCCUUCACUGUUGGCGAGGUUGAGGCGCUGGUGGAAGCUGUCGAACUGAUUGGGACUGGAAGGUGGAGAGCUGUUAAAAUGCAUGCAUUUGACCAUGUGGACCACAGGACAUAUGUUGACCUUAAGGACAAGUGGAAGACCUUAGUUCACACUGCAAGUAUAUCCCCGCAACAACGAAGAGGCGAGCCAGUUCCACAAGAACUCCUGGACCGCGUGCUUGCGGCGCAGGCCUACUGGUCCCAGCAGCAGGCAAAGCUCCAGGACAAGCCUCAUGGCAAGGCUGCUCUUCCUGAGAUCUGCCCUGCCUAGAAAGGGGAGCUGGUCGUUGUGUAAAUACUGUGCCUAAUAGAAACAAGGUAGAAGGGAUGUCCAAAGAAAUCAGACUAAUUUGCGUGCUAUUGCAAACUUACAUCAUUGCUUUUACUUUUUCGUGCUCUGUUGUUUGGACUCUGUUCAAGCCAGGGGUUGAUAUCUCCUCCUCUAUGGGUAAAUAAGGGAGAGAGCCUUGUUUGGCACUUGUAAAUGCUGUCACAGACUGUUGCUAUGUUUCAUAAAGAGAACCUUUGACA